AGUGAGGCGUGCUGGUAGUGGCUGAAGAGCUGCUGCUGUUUUUAUUAGCGUGUUGUUUUCCUAUAAUCCAGUAUUUAAAAAAAAUAUGAUUUAAAAAAUAACAGCAGUUGCUAUUUUUUCACAGAAAGGAAAUAAAUACAAUUUGGUGUCUUACAUAGAUAUAUGAACUUUCUCUUUAUCGAGUUUGCAGCUAAUUGACAUAGCAUAUUGUGCUAACAGGCUAGCUGUAUUUGAAGUUGUCAGUUACUGUAAAUAGUUUAGCUGGCAAAAAAUACUGUUUACCAAAAUGCAGGAAUUAAUAGCUAAUGUAGAUCAUCUCAAGUUUGAUCUGGAGAUUGCUGUAAAACAGCAGUUAGGCGCCCAGCCGCUGCCGUUUCCAGGAAUGGACAAAUCCGGUGCAGCUGUAUGUGAAUUCUUCAUGAGGGCUGCUUGUAUAAAAGGUGGAAUGUGUCCUUUCCGGCACAUCAGUGGAGAAAAGACUGUAGUCUGUAAACACUGGCUUCGAGGUUUAUGCAAGAAAGGGGACCAAUGUGAAUUUCUACAUGAGUAUGACAUGACAAAGAUGCCAGAAUGCUACUUCUACUCUAAAUUUGGGGAAUGUAGUAAUAAAGAGUGUCCGUUUCUGCACAUUGACCCAGAAUCUAAAAUCAAAGAUUGUCCCUGGUAUGACAGGGGAUUUUGCAAGCACGGCCCGGAUUGCCGACACAGACACACUAGAAGAGUCAUCUGUGUUAAUUAUUUAGUAGGCUUUUGUCCUGAGGGAAAGUCCUGCAAGUUUAUGCACCCACGUUUUGAGCUGCCCAUGGGUACAAACGAACAGCCACCACUGCCUCAGCAAGUUCAGACUCAGCAGAAGCAAAGUAUACAAAACCUGAACAGAGCACCGAUGUCACUUAUCCAGGUAACAACCAACAAUGUCAGUGCUAAUACAAACUAUCAGAAAAUGCCACAUAUGAUGGGAGGUUCUCAUAAUCAUAACAACACAGGAGGCCUCCGGGGUCCUCGUCCACUGGACCAAGUUACAUGCUACAAGUGUGGAGAAAAGGGGCAUUAUGCAAACAAAUGCACAAAAGGGCACCUGGCUUUCCUAAGUGGACAAUAGAAUUUAUCCAGAACAUUCCGCAGCUAAUGAGGCUCUGGAGUUAUCUUAUCAGAUGUAGAAGGACUGGUGCAUUAGCCUUUCACUGGAAAUGCUGAAAGGUCUUUUUUGUAAUUAAAGCACUUUGUCAGGUACAUGUGAUGGGUAGUGGCUGUUUGGAGACUAAUUGCGGUUCUCUGCCGGUUACACUUCAACAGGCAGAAAAAUAAAGCUUUUCUAAGCUGGUAAUGAAA